GGCUCCCCGCGGCGUGGGAGGGAAGAGGCCUGCGAGCCAGCUGGCCUGGCGGCGGCUCAAACCUCCGAAGCCGGGCUGCGCGCUCGGGUCCCCGCGAGGAGCGCCCCUGAUUGACGGCUCUUUGUUUCCGCCCGCCACCCCCCGCCGCAGAGCAGCGGCGCUCGGGGCUCCGGCGCUUCGCCCGGGCUUCCCCCGCGCGCAGGGGCUGGGGAGCAGCAUGGAGACGGGGGCGCUCCGCGGGCUGCUGGCGCUGCUCUUGCUCGGCGCGGCCAGCUCCGCCAGGCAGGAGCUGCAAGUCCUGGACCUGCUGACGGUGACCGAGGCCCGGCAUAUGGCCAGUGUGGCAGACAAGAUCAGGACGCAGCUACUGGCAGUCAAUGACAUUUACCUCCUCUCCACCUUCCGCCUGCCCCCCAAGCAGGGCGGGCUGCUCUUCGGCCUGUACUCCAAAAAGGACAACACCAGGUGGCUGGAGGCCUCUGUCAUUGGGAAAAUCAACAAAGUGCUCGUGCGCUACAUGCGGGAAGAUGGCAAGGUGCACUCCGUCAACCUGCAGCACGCCAGCGUGGCAGACGGGCGGAGCCACGCGGUGAUCGUGCGGCUGAGCGGCCUGCGUGGGGACACCCUGGCCAUGGAGCUUUACGUGGACUGCAAACAGGUGGACUCCAGCAUGGGGCUGCCCGAGCUGAUGAUCCUGCCCCAGGCCGAGGUGGAGGCGGUCGAGGUGCGCACAGGGCAGAAGGCCUAUCAGAGGAUGCAGGGGUUUGUGGAGUCAAUGAAGCUGAUUCUAGGAGGGUCCAUGAGCCGAGUUGGGGCCCUGAGUGAAUGUCCCUUCCAAGGGGAUGAAUCCAUCCAGAAUGCAGUGACCGGGGUACUAAACUCCAUCCUGGGUGAGCAGGCCAAGGCCCUGGUGACUCAGCUGACCCUCUUCAACCGGAUCCUGGGGGAGCUGCGAGAGGACAUCCGUGACCAGGUGAAGGAGAUGUCUCUGAUCCGAAACACCAUCAUGGAGUGCCAGGUCUGCGGGUUCCAUGAGCACCGCUCUCGCUGCAGUCCCAACCCCUGCUUCAGCAGCGUCGACUGUAUGGAGACGUACGAGUACCCCGGGUACCGCUGCGGGCCCUGCCCGCCCGGCUUUGAGGGCAAUGGCACCCACUGUGCCGACAUCAACGAGUGCGGUUAUGCAGACCCCUGCUUCCCGGGCUCCAAGUGUAUUAACACUGCGCCUGGCUUCCGCUGCGAGCCCUGCCCACACGGGUACAAGGGGAACCUCAUCUCUGGCGUGGGCGCAGACUAUGCCAAGGCCAGCAAGCAGGUUUGUACAGAUAUUGAUGAAUGUAACGAUGGGAACAAUGGCGGCUGCGACCCGAACUCCAUCUGCACCAACACAGUGGGCUCCUACAGGUGUGGGCCGUGUAAGACUGGGUUCCUGGGGAACCAGACGCUGGGCUGCGUCCCACAGAAAUCCUGCAGCAGCCCCACCCACAACCCCUGUGACAUCAACGGCUACUGCAUGUUCGAGCGGAACGGCGACGUCUCCUGUGCGUGCAACGUGGGCUGGGCCGGGAACGGGAAUGUGUGUGGGCGGGACACGGACAUCGAUGGCUACCCGGACGAGCCGCUGCCCUGCAUCGACAAUGACAAGCACUGCCAGCAGGAUAACUGCCGGCUCACGCCGAACUCCGGGCAGGAGGACGCUGACAAUGACGGCGUCGGGGACCAGUGUGACGACGACGCGGACGGGGACGGCAUCAAGAAUGUGGAGGACAACUGCCGACUCUUCCCCAACAAAGACCAGCAGAACUCAGACACGGACUCCUUCGGGGACGCCUGUGACAACUGCCCCAAUGUACCCAACAACGACCAGCGGGACACGGACAGCAAUGGUGAGGGGGAUGCCUGCGACAAUGACAUCGAUGGGGAUGGGAUCCCCAAUGUUCUCGAUAACUGCCCCAAGGUGCCCAACCCGCUGCAGACGGACCGGGAUGAGGACGGGGUCGGGGAUGCCUGUGACAGCUGCCCUGAAAUGAGCAACCCCACUCAGACAGAUGUGGACAGCGACCUGGUGGGAGACGUCUGUGACACCAAUGAGGACAGCGAUGGGGAUGGGCACCAGGACACCAAGGACAACUGCGCCGAGAUCCCGAACAGCUCCCAGCUGGAUUCGGACAACGACGGGCUGGGGGACGAGUGUGACAACGAUGAUGACAACGACGGCAUCCCCGAUUACAUGGCGCCCGGCCCCGACAACUGCCGCCUCAUCCCCAACCCCAACCAGAAGGACUCGGAUGGGAACGGUGUGGGCGACGUCUGUGAGGAGGAUUUCGACAACGACACUGUGGUGGACCAGCUGGACGUGUGUCCGGAGAGCGCUGAGGUGACGCUGACCGACUUCCGGGCCUACCAGACCGUCAUCCUCGACCCUGAAGGGGAUGCCCAGAUCGACCCCAACUGGGUGGUUCUCAAUCAGGGCAUGGAGAUUGUGCAGACCAUGAACAGUGACCCAGGCCUGGCAGUAGGCUACACGGCCUUCAAUGGGGUGGACUUCGAGGGCACCUUUCAUGUUAACACCAUCACGGACGACGACUACGCCGGCUUCAUCUUCAGCUACCAGGACAGCGCCAGUUUCUACGUGGUGAUGUGGAAGCAGACAGAGCAGACGUACUGGCAGGCGACGCCCUUCCGGGCAGUGGCCGAGCCAGGUCUACAGCUCAAGGCCGUGAAGUCCAAGAACGGCCCCGGGGAGCACCUGCGCAAUGCCCUGUGGCACACGGGCCACACCCCAGACCAGGUCCGGCUCCUCUGGAAAGACCCCCGCAAUGUGGGCUGGAAAGACAAGACCUCCUAUCGAUGGCAGCUCACACACAGGCCCCAGGUGGGCUACAUCAGGGUACGGCUCUAUGAGGGACCCCGUCUGGUGGCCGACUCUGGGGUGAUCAUCGACACCACCAUGCGGGGCGGGCGGCUGGGUGUCUUCUGCUUUUCCCAGGAGAACAUUAUUUGGUCCAAUCUGCAGUAUCGGUGCAAUGACACGAUCCCAGGAGACUUUGAGCCUUUCCGCCGAUUCCUGCUGGAGGGCCGUGAGUGAGCCAAUCUCCUUCCCCAGCCACACCCAGGACCUCUCCAAGUCGUCACCAAGGGACUUCUUGUGGCCUCUACAGCCUCCUCCCUGAGCUGGGCCCCGGCCUCUCCCUGCCUGUGGUCCACAGGCCUCCACGCUGUCCAGACCCGGGUACUGGAACCCAUUGGACCGUGCGUUGCAGCUAACUGAUACUAAAGUGCCUGCCCAGCCCAGCUGGGCCUGUCUCCCCCUCAGCAGGAUAACCAAAGCACACACCCUCGCCAGGACCCAGCCAUAUGGGGCUCUGUAGCUGGGCAUUGAGCAAAGGACCACAAGGCAACUGGUGUGUCUGCCAGUGGAUUGGGGCCAUCAGGCGAGCUUCUCCAGUUGGUACUGCUUGUGCCCAAAGCACCCGCCCCUCAGCCCUGGCGCUCCUUCUCCUGCUGGAACCUUCACCCUGAAUCUGGCCAUAAAGUUCUGAUUGUUUUCUACCCUGUGCGCCUUGUUUCUGGGUGGGGUGGGGAGCAGGGUGAGGAGACAGAGGGAAUAUCAACUCCAGCACUUGGAGCUGCUUGCCCUGUAGAUCCCAGUAUCCCCUGGGUUCAGCUGGGGCCCUAUUUCCCAUUUGAAUCUUGUCCAGGGCUGGUGGGAAUGCCGGGCUCUCUCUGGGAUGCUGCUGUCUGGAGAGAGGAACCCAGACUAUGUCCUCUUUGCUGACAUGCACUUCCAGUCUUACUGUGGUUUCUAGCCUGUGCUGGCAGGGCACUGUUGGGAAGAAGCUCGCAGCACUGAGGUCUCAGCUAGGCACUGAGAGGGCGCUGUUGGGAGGAAGUUUGCAGCACUGGGGAUCUUGACAUGGCACUGCUGGAAGAAGCUCACACGCAUGGUAGGUCAGCCCUGGCAGGAGGGGUAACUAAUCCCUCUCCAAGGAAGCUGUUCCAGGACGGGGUGCCUGGAGCUCUCCCGCCCCUCUCCUUGCUGAGUGGCUCAAAUCCCUUCUGACUCCAGCCGGGACGAGUGCAAUGCCUCUGAAAAAUAGUCAUGCCAAUUACAGCUCUCCCAACCUUAGAACGAAAGGGAUCAGCUCCCCCCCGCGGGGCUGGGGAGCAGCGAGCGAGGCCGGGCAGGAGUGGGCGGCUCUGGAGCCUCGGGUGCCUGGGUGCGGAGGAGCCCAGGGAGGCAGGAGGCCGGGACGAGUGCAAUAUUGGUUGGUGAUAGAACAACACUGCACAGCAUCCCGUCCCUCCUGCUGCCCUGGAAGGAGGUGCCAGCCGCAGCCCUUCGCCCGAGCGACAUCUCACCUCCGCUGGGCUCAUCCUUUCGGGCUCCCCCUGCUCCAGGGGGUAACGCCUGGCUCCACGACUUCUCCUGGCCCCGGGGUCGAGGCUGGGCCCCGGCUGAGCACUCCUGGGAAAGUUCAGGAAUUACUGAUCCCCCCGGCACAGGCCCCGGGCUCUCUGAGGAUCCAGGCGGGCCAGAACCACCCCAGCCAGGGGGGAGACCUGCCUGGAGCCAGUGGGUCCCGGUGCAGCCGGGUUCUGCAGCCCUGUCUGGACCCACUGGGUCCCUGCGCUCCAACGCGCCCUGGCUCUGUGGGAAUUCGGUUAAAUAAUCAGAGUUACUGUUGCCAUGGAGACAAGUGUCCCAGCAACAGGGCUGAAUGCAGGUCACAAUGAGCAGCUGAGCCCCUGCCUCCCCUCCCCCUGGGGCAGCCCAGUCUCAAGCCCAGGUCCCUGGGCAGCUGCAGCCCCGUCCCCGGGAAAGGACCCCCCUUACCUGCCUUGCGCCCCCGGCCAGGCAGAGGAGCAGGGGACCCAGCCCUCCUGUGCCAGACCCAGGCUGCUCCCUGCGCCCCUUCCUGGCUCCGGCCACCUGCCUGGGCCGGGUCCUGCCUCCUUCCCCUCCAAACGCUGCAGCACCGAGUGCGAGGAGCGCCCAACAAUGGAAAUGCCAAGUCGCCUGAGUUCACUGAGGCAUGGAGAGUCCCCUCUUAAAAGGGCAAUGCACUCCCACUGGCCUGGGACUGAGCCGACCCGCUGGGGACAGCCUGGCCUCCCAGCCUGGCAGUGAGUCCUGGCUGUGCCUGCGGGCUGCUCCCCGGGGCUCUGCUCAGGCCAGCUUUCAACAGUGCAAGCCAGGGGACUUCCAGCCCUUGUCCUGGGUGGGGUGGGGGCAGUCCUUCCCCACCAUGCCCUGGUGCAAGCAACUGGGGUACAGUGAGCUAGUUAUGCCCCCACUCCACACCCCCAAUGCACAGGAGAUGGGGCUCAGGGCCUGCUGGAGGCACUCAGUGCCACCUCCUAGUCACCAAGGGCUGCCAUGUCCCUGUCCGGUCUAGGCGGCAGGGUGCACAGGUGGGUGUCACCUGUGCUCGAGAAACGGGGGGGUUGUCACCAUUUCGAGCUCCUGCCAAACCAUGCUGAUGGGGGGGAUGGAGCGGCUCAUCGCCACCUGUAGUCAAGGUUGUCUGAUGCUUUCUGUGAUAAGACUAUUUUCAAUUGCUUGUAACUUUACCAAACGUAGGCUGUUUUGGCUGAAAUUUCCCAGGCUGAGCAUCUGCUUUAGGCUGAAUUUUUCUGGAAAUUUUCAGCAGAAACAGUUCAGUCAUUUCUGAGAAAGAGGUUAUGGGAAAAUACAUCACCCAUGUUUCAAAUUUCUUAUAACUGCUUCAGUGAGAAGCUCUAGCACCCCCAUGCUUUGGUGCAGGGACUUGUCAUUUGGUCUUUGUGUCAGGGAGGGGCCUUUUUCUGUCCCCAUGAAAGUCGGCCCAAAUCUGCCCAUCUGACAAUAUGCACACGUUUAGUGAAGGCUCAUCAGAGGCUGGGAGCUACAUUCUCCAGACGUUCCACCUGCACUGAGUGUGCUCCACGCCCCAUGCCCCAGCUCCUACAUGGCAACUGGCCUGAGCAUGCCCUGGCCCCAGGCUGCUAGGUCAGAACCGGACUUUCUCUGCAAUUGCUCCUUCCAAACCCCAGAGCCACAGAGUACCACAACCGAGGGCAGAGAGACUGUCUCUCCUGUGCUCUCUGUGCCCUUCCCCCACCCGCACGAGCACUCAGGCAGCAUGGAGAAGAGGAGACAGACAUGGAGCCCUGUUGUGAGAUAAGUGUCUGCAAACAGGAGACAACACUCACCUGCAGAACCUGGCAUGGAAGCAAGGAUUCCUGAGGCUCAGGCUUGGUGUCCACUAGAGCUUACUUCGAUAUGGCUUAUGGUGCUCAGGGCUGUGAAUAAUCACCCCCUGCAUGAUGUAAAUUACACCAAUCUAAGUGCCAGUGUGGAUGUGCUAUGUCGGUGUGAGAGCUGCUCCCGCCGCUCACAGAGGUGGAUUUAUUAUGCCAAUGGGAGAGCUCUCCUGUCAGCAUAGAGCGUCUUCUCCAGACACCCUGCAGUGGCACCAACGUAGCACUUCUAGUGUAGACGAGCGCGAAGUGUUCCUCUCCUGUCAGCAAACACCUGUGAAACCUACUGGCAAACUGUGUGUCUCAUCCCCCUCUGAUGGUGUGGCCUCACACAGAAUGACAACCUACUACUGCUACAAGUUACCUCUCUUAGCUCUGUGCUGUUGAUCGAAAGGUUCCAGCCCUGAUGGCGAUUUGUAUGUGGGUCAGUGUGAUGCCACAGGAUGGAAUUUCUAUUUUUUCAGUUGCCUUUUUGAAAAACCUGGGAAACUGCAUUAAAAACCCCUACGUUACAAGACCAGUGAGGCUGCAAAGGCAUGCACUAGGAAAUGCCUGAAUGAACUCUGCCCAUGCAAACUUAAUUUGGCCCCCUUGUGUGUAUGCAUUAUGAUUAGGCUUGGUAGAAUUAGAUUUUUAUUUUUCUAAUAAUUUGAAUGUGUAAUAGCAAUGUUUAUCUCUAAGCAUCCCCCUCUUCCAGUUUUUAAUCAAUGUAAAUGUUCACACUUGCACAAGGUUUUAAGUAUUUUUUUUUUUCAGUUUAAAUUUUGACAGUUGUCGGGAAGCCAGACAAUAAUUGUUUAAUGACAACAGACCUUGAGAUUCAAAAAGUUAAAGCUUUAUACCCAUUAAAACACAAAUGGUCAACAUCACAUGUCAAAAUAUACAAAGUAAAUAUCCUUAAAUCAA